AUGUCCAUGGAUUCCUUCAGACGGUGGAGAACUCCAGCAAGUUGGCUCGUGUUCAACUUCCUGCUCGUCCAGGUACUCAGCACGAUAUUCUUUUCCUACAUCUGCAACCUGGAGAUGCCCGGCUCCAUUUCCCCCAUUCUGCAGCCCCAACCGGACCGGGGCUCGGCUGCCUCCAACCUCACCAUCCUGCUGUGGAAGUGGCCCUUUGGGGUCCGUUUCCCCAUCAGAAAAUGUUCGGAGCUUCUGGGCAUUCCCGAUUGCCACAUCACAGCCAACCGCGUGUGGUAUCCAAAGGCCGACGCCGUGAUCAUACACCAUUACGAUGUGUGCAAAAGCCCGCGAUAUCUCCCCCGACGCCCGAGACCGCCUUCCCAACGCUGGGUCUGGUUCAAUCUGGAGUCUCCCAGUUACACCAGCAACUUGCACUUCAUGGACAAGCGCUUCAACCUCACAAUGUCCUACCGGAGAGACUCGGAUAUCUUCACCCCUUAUGGGUGGCUGGAAAUCCUCCCCCAGCCCCAGAAGUUCACCAUCCCACCCAAGUCCAAGUUGGCGGCAUGGGUUGUGAGCAACUGGAACCCAGCCUCCGUCCGAGUCCAGUACUACCAGGAAUUGAAGAAGUACAUCCAAGUGGACGUGUACGGGUACCGGCACUUGCCUCUUUCUCGGCAAAAGCAACUCGAUGUUUUAUCCCAGUAUAAGUUCUACUUGGCCUUUGAAAACUCCGUGCACAAGGACUACAUCACCGAGAAACUUUGGAAGACAGCCUUGCUUUCAGGAUCGGUGCCAGUCGUCUGUGGGCCACCUCGGAAGAACUAUGAGCAUUAUUUGCCCCCCAGUUCGUUCAUUCACAUCAGUGACUUUCCCUCUCCGCAAAAGCUAGCCCUCUUCUUGCAAGAGCUGGAUCGGAACUCAGAGCAAUACGAGAGUUACUUUCAGUGGCGGUCGUGGCUGACCCCUGUCAAACACACCCCCUGGUCCCUUCACUUAUGCAAAGCAUGCCGGCACUUACAAACAACCCCGGCCCGCUACCAGACUGUGCUGGAGUUGAGCAAGUGGUUCAGGUGA